UACAUUCAACAAUUGUGGGCUUAUAAAUGGAAAACGCAAAAGGAAAACAAAAUUAAAGCUAAAUGAUUGCAUACCUGCGAAACCCAAACUGGUCUGAGAACGUUCAGCAAAUUUGUGAUGAAAGAGCUAAGCGAAAAGAGCUUUAACAAAUAGCAGGAAAUAAGAAUACUUAAAACAACCAUAUAAAGCUAAAGAGUAGCCGCUGCGACACUAUCACAGUGGUCGUACUGACGUCUCCAGCAGCUGCUUAGCGGUGUAAAAAAGAAGUAAAACGUUAAUGCUGUUGUGCUGAGUGGAGAUGGUUAUGGUGGCGUUGAAUCGUGAGCCAGAAGUCGCGGUUUGUGAGACUCAGUUAUUAUGUUAGUACGUUUUGGCCACAUCAAGCAGACGGUCGUGCAGCGACGGUUCGUUCCGAUCGAUGUAAACACUGUGUUAGCGGUAAAACUGGAUUUGGAUUUCUAAAAAAUUGUGCCAUAGCAAAAGAAAGGCAAACUAAACGCCGACUAAGCGAACCAGCCAAACACCUAAUGAAUUAAUAUUAGCAUAAAGUUCCAUUUGGAUUGUUCAAGAAUUUAAAACGAAAGUUGGAAAUUUUGUGAUAGCUGCGUCGCAGAUGUUUAAGUUGAAAUACUUAGACACGUAGCCGCGGACAAACUUUUUUUUUUGUUAGCCCAACUACGUACUGCAGUUCACUAGUGUAUGGUGGUAAUGCGUAUACCGUCGUCAGCGUACAAUUCAAAUCCCUACUCCUUUCAGUUUCAAUACGGGAACAUAAAUAAAACUACACCCACAAUUUGCCAUCAUUGUACACUCCACCUCGUCUAUACUUCAUUCAGCUAGCCUUAGCACAAUAAACUAACUAAAAAUGCUACGUUCCUUUCGUUCCUUCUACGGCAAAAUAAUCAUUUUUGCGUUGGUGGCUCUUUGCUUUAUACUUUACAUUAAAGUGCUGCAAGUAGAAGACACCGUAAGGCAAACACAGCAACUACAAGCUGCGAAAUUGAAGGACCAGCUGGAGGAGAACGAUGUACUACCCAAAGAGCGCCAAGCUGAACGUAGAGUGCACACAAAUCCACGACAUCGUGUACUUGAUCGUCCUGAAGACAAUGAAAUUCUAAAGAAACCAAAUCAAUCCUCACGUCCAACCGAUUCGUCCUAUGAGCUAAGCAUACGUUUGGAUUUGGAAAAGCAGAACCCUGCGCUGGGUGCGCUCGGCACGGCAGCGCAUUUGAGUGGAGAAGCGGCACGGCGUGGCGAUGAGAUCUACAAAAAGAUAUCGUUAAAUGAAGAACUCAGCGAACGGCUGUCGUAUAAUCGAACUUUAGCUGAUUCGCGUCAUCCGGCGUGUUUGAAGCAGACCUUCGAUGUUUCAACACUACCUAGCGCAAGUGUGAUUGUGAUUUUUUACAACGAGCCAUACUCAGUGCUGGUACGUACGGUGCACAGCACCUUGAAUACCUGCAAUGACAAAGUGCUGAAGGAAAUAAUUCUGGUCGACGAUGGUAGCGCAAAUGAGGAACUGCAUGGCAAAUUGGACUAUUACACCAGUUCAAGAAUACCGAAUGGAAAAGUGCAGGUGCUGCGUUUGAAGAAUCGGCUGGGUUUGAUACGCGCCCGUUUGGCUGGUGCGCGCAUUGCCACCGGCGAUGUGCUAAUCUUCCUUGACGCCCAUUGUGAAGCGAAUGUCGGUUGGUGUGAGCCUCUGUUGCAGCGUAUCAAGGAGUCACGCACCAGUGUGUUGGUGCCGAUUAUUGAUGUGAUCGAUUCGAAAGAUUUCCAAUACAGCACGAACGGCUUCAAAUCGUUCCAGGUAGGCGGUUUCGAGUGGUCGGGCCAUUUCGAUUGGAUUGAUGUAUCGGAUCGCGAGAAGAAACGUCAAUUGCGUGAAUGCAAGCAACCGCGACAAAUAUGCCCUGCCUACAGUCCGACCAUGGCGGGUGGCCUUUUCGCCAUCGAUCGGCGUUAUUUCUGGGAGAGUGGCAGUUAUGAUGAACAGAUGGAUGGCUGGGGCGGUGAAAAUCUAGAGAUGUCUUUUAGAAUCUGGCAAUGCGGAGGCACAAUUGAGACGAUACCUUGUUCGCGUGUGGGCCACGUAUUUCGCGAUUUUCAUCCCUACGAAUUCCCAAAUGAUCGGGACACGCAUGGCAUCAACACGGCACGCAUGGCGCUCGUUUGGAUGGACGAAUACGUAAAUCUCUUCUUCCUCAAUCGACCCGAUAUGAAAUUUCAUCCGGACAUUGGCGAUGUCACACAUCGCGUGAUGUUGCGCAAAAAAUUGCGUUGCAAAAGUUUCGAUUGGUAUUUGAAAAAUAUCUAUCCGGAGAAAUUCCUACCGAAUAAAAAUGUUGUCGCAUACGGUCGCAUACGCGCACUGAGCAAAGACUUGUGUGUGGACGAUUUGUCGCAGAGCAAUGAGAAACCCUAUAAUUUGGGCAUAUUCUGGUGUGCCAAAACGUUGACGAAAUCGCAAUUCUUCUCGCUCACCAAUUCGCAAGUGCUGCGAAAUGAGUUAAGCUGUGCUACGGUGCCGCACGGCGAUGGGGAGUCGCGAGACGUGAAGAUGGUGCCGUGCAUGGACAACGAUGACUAUAAUGAACAGUGGGACUAUCAGGAUGAACGUUUGAUACAUGUAAAUAGCGGCUUGUGUUUGGAUCACCAGGAAUUGCGCAGUUCGGAUUAUAUACAGGUGACACGCUGCGAUAAUGACAGCGAAACGCAGCGCUGGACGAUACAACACGAGAAGUCGCUGUGAGAGCGAGCGGCGGUGAAGAAGUCGAAAGUCUACUAAACUAAUAUGUUUAAGUUUAAAGUUAAAGCCAUUGUGUAAAUAUUGAAAACACUACAUAUACAUACAUACAUACCAACAUGUACACAUACAUUGUAAAUUCGGAAUGCACAAUUUUUGAUUGAAUUUUGUAUUUUUUUUUUGUGUUUUUGUUUUCUUUUUUUGACGACACUAUGUACAAUAGCUAGGAUAUGUAAAUUAUUUUGAUAUGCAAAUAUUAAUCGCGAAAAUGUUGUAUAAAUGCAAAGUAAAUGAUUUAUUAAUUUGAAAUUAGUAGCAAUGUUUGUAGGAAUUAACGUGUGGAAUUAAGUGAAAGCAGACAUUCCUUGGCCGUCUUGGGCCGUCUGAUGAAUUGCUCCUGACUAAGAAGUAGUUAUUUUGCGCACGAACAAACGCAACACGCUUGUGUGUGUGUGUGCGAAGUGAAGUGUAGUUAGUGAAAAUCUAUUUAAAUUGUAAUUUGCUGUUUUAUUUUAGGCUAAGCAAUUUUUGUAUAUUUUUUUUUUAAGUCAAACAAAUAUAUUUUUUAUUUUAAGGGGACAGAUACCUGUAAACGGCCAUAUUUUCCCUGAUUUUCAGUAAAAUUAUUUAAAAUGAAGAAGUCAAUAUAUUUUUUUUUCAAAAUUGGCAAACAGUUUAUUUAUACAUUAAAAUAAUAUUAUCAUUUUUUUUUUAUUUUAAU